CCCAGAUGGCGCGGAGGAGAAACAACUGACGUCGAUGAGAUGGCCAGCUUGCUUAGUCUUUUGUCUACUGUAAAGGACUACGUGCGCGCGUUUGCAUCUCAGGCGGCUUAGGAGUUACGUACUUAAUUAACAUUCGAAUAAACAACCAGUGUAAACAGUAAUUACGCUCAAAUUAAAUAGUGAUAAUUGAACUCAGUGACCAGUGACAACUCUAAGGACCUCAUAAACGAACGUCAGGACCCCAGAAAAAUUUCCAAACCUUUUCAACGCAGUAAGUCCAAAAUAAUCUAAAAUGCUCGUAGUCCUCGGACUUACUUCCAAAGCGAUUUAGUCCUGAAAUAACCGAAAUGCAGACUUCAACUGAAUCCCCGAAUGUUCUAGCGUUAGAAAAAAACGACAUGUGUCCGAAAACACCUGAUUUAAGCCAAACCCAGCUGAAUUUAGCAACAGCAAUGCUCCAAGAAAACAUCAUACAAAGAUCGAUACAAAAUGUGGCUUUGUCGCUGCAAAGUGCAAUGAUGAAUUCGCUGCAACAGGCUGCUUUACUUCCCGCUAAUUCCGCAGCUGCUGCAGCUUUGAAUUUGCAAGCUUUAGAAUCCUACUUGACUCUGCAAAGGUUGACGACUGUAUCAGCGAAUGUUAACAACAACGGCAACAGGAUAGAUAUUUUGAAAAUUGCAACUAGCACUGCUAAGAUUUCUGAAGAAACUGUGAGUAACAGUGAAGAAGUAACUAAUACGAGCUUAACUGAAGAUGUUGAAUUAUCCGAAGAAGUAGAGGAAGAUUUGGCGCUGUUGGACAGUGAAGAAGGUUUGGGCAACUUCUCCAUAUCAUCCCCAAUUGACACUAGUUAUCCCAGUUUGAUAAUGAAUUCGAUAUACCAAACGUCUACAAACCCUAGCACAGUUUCAUCAUCCACCAACACUUCAAUAUCAUCAUCCACCAACGUUGUAAGUCGCCAAAAAAGUUCUUCAAGGCCUAAGAAACAAUUCAUCUGCAAGUUUUGCAACCGUCAAUUCACCAAGAGCUAUAAUUUGUUGAUCCAUGAAAGGACUCACACGGACGAGCGACCGUAUUCUUGUGACAUAUGUCAGAAAGCCUUCAGGAGACAGGAUCACCUCAGGGACCAUAGGUACAUCCACAGCAAAGAAAAACCCUUCAAGUGCACCGAAUGUGGAAAAGGCUUCUGCCAAUCAAGAACCCUAGCAGUCCACAAGAUCCUCCACAUGGAAGAAUCCCCACACAAGUGUCCUGUAUGCUCGCGAUCCUUCAAUCAAAGAUCUAACCUCAAAACUCACCUUCUCACCCACACAGACAUCAAACCCUACAACUGUUCAGCCUGUGGAAAGGUUUUCAGAAGGAACUGUGAUCUCAGAAGGCAUAGCCUGACCCACAACCUAGGCGCAGGUGGUGCCAACAAUACCAUCACGAAUCAAAACCAGAAUUUUACCAUUGACUCCAUCAUAAGCAAAGCUAGUGGUAGUAAGUAGGCUUAAAUAAGGUGUAUUGUAUAAUUGUGAAAGAACAGUUAGUUAGGCGCAUUGUGUAAGUGAUGAAAGUAUGUUCUGCUGUUGAUUUAUGUAUUAAAGAAGUUCCUUCAACUGUCGGCGAAUUCGAUCUCUAUUGAAUAUACAGGGUGUUUCCAAAUUUUUUCAAAGUUUAACAAGAAUUCUAUUUUCUUCGAAACUUUUGUUUCAAAUUAUUUUGAUUGAUGUUGAUUUAGACACACCCUGUAUAGAUUUACCUAGUUAUAGUAGAUAUCAAUUAUACUUUUUCAAAUUAUUCGGUUACUAUGAUAAUUAUCGAUCCAAUUUUUUAUUUAGAAUUGUAAAAUUGUUGCCUGCUGAUGAAUAGCUUUAAAAUUAUAAAAACCCUUUUUGUUGGAAUGCUAAAUAUAGAUAUAACAUACCUAAUCAUGGUUAAAAUUAUCCCAUAUGAGAUUACUUCAUGCAUUUUUUAUGUGGUUCAUUGAAGAAGUAAGCACUUAUGAAUUUACAACUGCAAUGACAUUCUCCUCUGAUGUGUGUAUGAUAUGAUGUAAAAAAAUUGAAAUGAAUAUGUUUGUUGUAAUAUUUCAUUUCAAUCGCAAUUAUUGUAAUGUAUUUUGAUCUCCUUGAGAUGUCUCAGUUUGAUUACUGAAUCACUUUCUUAUCUGAAUAACGUCUUCUUUAGGUCUGAAGUUAUUUGUUGUGAUAUCGAAUUGUGAAUGUAUUAUGUAUAUACCCUUUUUGUAUAUUUUUGUAUAUUCAAGAUGAAUCGAAUAAAUAUGUGAAGUUUA